UAAGUUCCCGUGUGUUCCGUGAGUUGGUAAGAGUGUUGCGGCCGCAGGUUUGGAAAACAUGAGACGCCAGCAUAUAGGUGCAAGGGCCAGUAUAAUAAAAAGAUUACUUGUAUAGCACUACAGCUAUAUCUUGCAGACAUCAAGAGGUCGAGGAGACAGCGUAGAGUACGCUACACCUAGCGUAAAUAAGAGGAAGAUUGGUGUCAUAUUUAUCACAUUAAAGUAUGUUUAAUCCAAGUACAUUUGGGAGCAGUGGCUCUGGGUUUGGGGGAUUUGCAUUACCUAGUUCUACUCCAGCAUCUGCAAACCCUAUGAAGGAUUUUGAGGUUGUGAAUCCACCAGAUGACUCUGUUCAGUGUAUGGAAUUCUCCCCACCAUCCAAUCCCCAAGACUUUCUAGUAGCUGGAAGCUGGGACAAUAAUGUAAAGACUUGGCAAGUACAAUGUAAUGACAAUAAAAGUUUAAGUUAUGCUCCACAAGGAUCCAUUAUGGGACCACUCUUGUCUGUAAUCUACAUCAGCAACAUUAAUAACAAAGUGUUCAUGGCAAGUGCUGACAAAACAGUUCACUGCUGGGACUUGGGGAGCAACCAGAAGAUGCAGGUGGCGCAGCAUGAUGCUCCGGUUAAAACAGUUCACUGGAUUAAGGCACCCACCUAUUCCUGCAUCAUGACCGGCUCUUGGGACAAGACGCUCAAAUUUUGGGACACAAGGAACCCCCAACCCAUAUUAACUAUCAACUUGCCAGAGCGAUGCUACUGUGCUGAUGUAGAGUAUCCCAUGGCAGUGGUUGGCACUGCUAAUCGUCAUCUAAUUGUAUACCAACUUGAAGGACAACCACAAGAAUUCAAACAAAUUGAAUCGCCACUCAAAUAUCAGCAUCGGUGUGUUGCAAUCUUCAAAGACAAGAAAGGGGCAGGUGCUCCUGCUGGCUUUGCUCUGGGCAGUGUUGAGGGACGGGUGGCUAUACAGUAUAUCGUGACUGCUUCUCCACGGGACAAUUUCACUUUCAAGUGUCACCGCUCCAAUGGUACCUCCAAUGGGUUCCAAGACAUAUAUGCAGUAAAUGAUAUCAAGUUUCAUCCAGUUCAUGGCACACUGGCUACAGUGGGUUCUGAUGGGAGAUUCAGCUUUUGGGACAAAGAUGCCCGCACAAAGCUGAAGAACUCGGAGGCUAUGGAGCAGCCUAUCUCUUGUUGUGCAUUUAACCACAAUGGCCAAAUAUUUGCAUAUGCUGUCUCAUAUGAUUGGUCCAAGGGUCAUGAAUAUUUUAAUCCACAGAAGAAGAAUUAUAUUUUCCUAAGAUCAUGUUAUGAUGAACUCAAACCACGGAGUCGCUAAUUAGUUGCCAGAGUUGUUAUCACAGGUGACCAUAAACGUAAUGUUAAUGCAAGUGCUGCUGCUGCAGAUGAAAGAAUGCACGUGCUUCUCAUGCAUGAAGGAAUGAUGUGCAUUUUUGGGGUUUGUGUAUUACGAGUGCUGCUUCGGUAAAUAUAUAUUUAUAUUGGGUUUAGUAGAACACUAAUUUUGUUAUACACUGGUGGAGUGUAUCCUCAACAGCAGUUAGGAGUUUGAGCCAUGAAUACAUUAUAGUACGGUGUAAAAUUAGGUGAAUUCUUUACACAUUGUUAAGAAAAACAAUCAAAUUCAUGUAAAAUUUAAAUCAGCCCUUUUAAUCUUCACAAACAAGGCAUAAGUGAUUAAAGGCAAGUUAUAGUAUAUUUAACAAAUUUCAUAUGAAUGCCACACAAGAAGAGAACACAAGGUUUCAGCCAGUCCUGGAUUGUUAAUCUUUACUUUACCAUAACAUUAAUACAGUAUAUGUCUUAUCACAGAUGUAAUAACAUAGGAUAAAAAAACUUAUGUAUUUGUAUAUUUUAUGAAAAGCUGUUAACUACACCAAGUCUUUCACACUGCUGAGUGCAUUAUCAAGGUGGUUAUGUGGUUAGGACGAGACUUGCAUCUCAAUGACAGUUUCGUCCUAACCAUAUACUUAAGACCUGGAGAGUGCGAAAGACUUGGUGUAGUUUAAACCUUUACAUAAAACACAAAUAUGUAAGUGUAGGUGUUUUAUCCUUAACAUUAAUUUUUGUUAUGAAUGAUCAUUUGCACUACAGUAUAUUCAGUUUUUGUUAUAGAUGAUCAAUGCACUAUAUUCAUGAAGCUUUGUAUUUAAACAUCCAGUACUAAAUAUUGUUAUUGUCACACUUAAAUAAAAACUAAAAUGUAAUAUCUGCUUUUGAAAAUAUUUGAAUCACAUUAAGUAUAUAACAUUCAUAUAAAUGCUUCUCAUGUCUUACUUUAUUUUGUUUCAAAACCAUAUAAAAAAAAAUUCAGGAGAGUUUUUUAUUAUUGUGCAACUUAUUUUUUUAUAUACAAAUUAAGGUCAUAAGUGACCCAAAGUAGAACGGGACAUUAUUUACAAACUGUACAGUAAUUCCAUAAAUUGUACACAUUCCAUGCACAAGUUUCAAUUUUGGAACAUGUAAUUGAGGUUAUUACACUAAAUUAAUUUUCACAAACAUUAUCUCUACAGAGCAGCUUUACAUUGCCCAAUUUUUUUAUACCAAUUCCAAAAGGAUAAAUUUAAAUAUUCUUUACAAUCAUAAACGUUUAUGACUUUAAUAUAACUAAAGAAUAAACAUGAUUUUAUA